CGGAGAGCAAGAUGGAAGCAAGAGAGGAAGACGGAAGUGACGACACGACUGAAAUGCGCUGCAGUGGGCUGGAACCACAGUGCCUGCCUUCCUGCACUCUGGGCAAGAAUAGCUAGUAUGGUCGGGUCUUUUGGUGACAACAAUGGUGACGCUUUGUUGUCAUGUGAUCAGGGAGGUAGUAUAAAGCGCCAGGAAAGGUCCGCCCUCUUUGGAAUCCUGGUUUGGCCUUUAGGAGGGUCUACCCCUAUACUCCCCCGACAGAAUAAGCGUGUGGAUGUUGGGAUCUAACCGACCUCUUGAUUCAAAGCCGACACUGAUCCAUUAAAAGCCUAUGGCACUGGUGGCACGCUGGCACGUCCUCUCUGCCUGUCGCGCAUCUGCCCAAAGCGUCAUAUGAGCUCUCUCGAAUCGAGAGGGCAGGUAACAGGCUCAACACAUCCAGCGCGUACGCCGUAACCCAUCAGGGACCAAGAGAGAGCCAUGACUUUGAGCUCUGAAAUGUCGGAUGCGUCCGUGCUCUCAGAGGAGACCGACAUCGACGUGGUUGGGGAAGGAGACGAUGACGGACAUACGCGCUCCUACGUGGACGAAGUGGCUCAGAUGCACGACGAGAUUCUGCUCAGCGGUUCCCCACCUUGUGUGGACCCCUCCGCCGCACGGGACCCCUACAAGCCAGCGACCAAAAACACCCUGGUGAAACCCCCAUACUCCUACAUCGCACUCAUCACCAUGGCAAUCCUCCAAAGUCCCAAGAAGCGCCUGACGCUCAGCGAGAUAUGCGACUUCAUCAGUAACAGAUUUCCAUACUAUCGGGAAAAGUUCCCAGCUUGGCAGAAUUCAAUUCGACACAACCUGUCCUUAAACGACUGUUUCGUCAAGAUACCACGGGAACCUGGGAACCCCGGUAAAGGCAACUACUGGACACUGGACCCAGAGUCAGCAGACAUGUUUGAUAACGGGAGCUUUUUACGACGUCGGAAACGCUUUAAACGCCAGCAGGCGCCGGAACUUCUCCGGGAACACGGAGGCUUUCUCCCCGCGACCGCUGCGUACGGGUACGGACCUUACGGUUGCGGAUACGGUCUACAGCUUCAGUCCUAUCAUGCACAUACUGCGCUUCUUGCCUUUCAGCAACAGCAGCAGCAGCCGCCAUCCGCGUCCCGGCAUCCCCACACCGGAACUCUCAUCCCCGCGCCUUCCCUCAUGCCAACCACUACAGAGCUCACCUGUUCCCGCUUCUAUCCUCCCCUAAGUCCCGGUCUCUCACCCCCCAUACAGACUGCGGCUAAGUCCCCGGUUCACCGUUCACCCUUCUCCAUAGACAGCAUAAUUGGGAGCUCUUUAAGCCCAACGCAAUCGCACUGUGCCUUACGGACUUCCCCGGUGGUCCCGGUGCUGCCGCCGACCCUCGCGUCUCAGCACUCCCCAAAUACGCCACGUUCACUACCGGGACUCUUGCACGGACCGACGUCUUUACACGAAACAUACGCAAACAGGAUUGUCAGUGGCACAAGUGGCUGUUAAUUUUUUUUUUUUUUUAAAGCGAUACACUCCUGUGUUUAAGGUAGGAUUAUUUUUGUAUUGUUUAUAAAGAGCAGCUGAAUGUUGGACAUUAACACUUUCGUGCCUAUAUUCACGCUGUAAAAUAAUAAAUAUAUAUUUAUGUUAACAUGUUUAGUUUAAUCUAAUUUCUGCCCCCACGAACUUUUCGUCGUCAAUGUGAUUGUGGUAAUCGCUGCACAGGGCGUCUCAGGACAACAUUUUUGAACAGGCGAUAAAAUAAAAUUUCAAAUGUCUACAAUGAUAUCUUGUGUGUGAAAACACGAUGUUUUUAGUUUAGCAAUUUGUACUUUGUAAUGAAAAUUCAGGAGGGUUAAAAUCAAGCAUUUUUAUACAACGUGUACUUCUCAGUAGCUUAAUAAACAAUGUACAUUCUUUGAUAUUGUAUACUCGGAGUGUGAUAUUUUUUACACGGUCUGUUUUUCAAUAAUAAAUAUUGUUUUACAAAGCAA